AUUGGACCACAACAAACCAACCCACCCACUUAUUUGUGCUUCUGAGAGUCAAGAAGGAGGUCGAAGUUUACCGAGUCUGCGCCUGGCUGGUAUCAACAAGACACGAGGCCGAAGACAUGUUAAAAUAAAUCGAACCACCGGAAUUUGCACGCGAUAGUUAAUGAACGGUCCUUGCGGAGAUUCGGUGCGAUUGCACGGUGGUCACAUGUGGUCGUAGCUAGUUUAUCUUGAUAGACGCAAGUGAAGACAGUUAGCCAACCAUCAAAGCCUAGCGGGGAAGUACCCCUAGACAAGUAGCGGGCUGAAGGCAAGGGUUUCUUCGAUAAACACAAUCGUUUGACAAAGGAGCAGUAGGACAUCUUGUAGCCAGUCGCCUACCGUGUUCACAACACCGAUAUCUUGCUAUAUGCUCCUUUGUGCUUUAACGUAUCUUCUAGCGCUCGUUGUUGAAGCGUCUACCUAGCACAGACUGUUUUGGUGCAGCGACGCCUGUAUGAGUGCCUGAAUAGCCACACACUAUAGCUGGCUGAUGUUACAUUGGAUCUAGCUCACAGCCGUGCAUCUACUGUCACAUUAUGUCGCUUUAACGUCAAUAGGACUAAACUGCGGAGCUCAUUUAGUUGUCAACUCGGAAGCAGAGGUUCUUAGCCAGAUAUCUAACUGAACAGCUGACCAGUCGGUCGAGUGGAGCAACAUUUCCUCGCCUUGCUGUGUCAUGACAUUAAAGUGCAAGUCAAGUCAUUUCAGAGAGUACGCAAGAUAGGAGGAACAUUUGGCAUAAGUAGAUAGGUGGGGACAGGAAUCCUACAUUAAAGUUGACUACUGUCGACCGUAAGUUGAACCAAAGGAGUGUAUUUGUAGGUCGGUCUCGACAGCACAGAAUGAAGAAGUUCUCCCGUAUGUCGGAGAGCGGCGGUCCGGGAGGGGGGUCCGGGUCGGGCUCUGGAGUCGUUAGUAACUGCUUCGGGAAAGUGUUCGCCGUGGGCCGGUAUCAAGUCACGGUGGAAGAACUCAUCGCAGAAGGUGGGUUCUCUGUGGUGUUCCUGGCCCGGACACACAGUGGCAUGCGCUGCGCUCUCAAGAGGAUGUACGUCAACAACGUCCCUGACCUCAACAUCUACAAGAGAGAGAUCACUAUUAUGAAGGAGCUGUCUGGUCAUAGGAACAUAGUGAACUACCUGGACUCUACCAUCAACUCAGUAGGGGACAGUGUGUGGGAGGUGCUCAUUCUCAUGGAGUACUGUAAAGCUGGUCAGGUAGUGAAGCAGAUGAACCAGCGUCUCCAUAUAGGGUUUACGGAGCCGGAGGUGUUGACCAUCUUCACUGAUACCUGUGAGGCUGUGGCCAGGCUGCAUCAGUGUAGAACCCCUGUCAUACACAGGGACCUGAAGGUAGAGAACAUCCUCCUGAGUGAUAAUGGGAGUUAUGUUCUGUGUGAUUUUGGAAGUGCUUCUCUCAAAGUGCUGCUUCCACAUAAAGACGGAGUGACCGCUGUGGAGGACGAAAUCAGGAAGUACACGACCCUGUCUUAUCGAGCUCCAGAGAUGAUCAACGUGUACGCAGGGAAGGCCAUUACCACCAAGGCUGAUAUAUGGGCUCUUGGUUGCUUGUUGUACAAGCUGUGUUUCUUCUCGCUCCCGUUCGGGGAGAGUCAAGUCGCCAUAUGUGAGGGAACCUUUGUCGUUCCCGACAAUUCCAAAUUCUCCUUCAAGCUGCACUGCUUAAUCAGAUAUAUGCUUGAGCCUGACCAUGAGAAGAGACCAGAUAUAUAUCAAGUCUCCUACUUUGCCUUCAAGUUAGCUGGAAAGGAGUGUCCUGUGCCAAAUCUCCUUAACUCUCCUCUCCCCACGUCACUUCCUGAGCCGCUCACAGCCAGCCAAUUCGCUGCCAGGAAGAGUAUGACGAAAGCCAGAAUCACAGAGUCCGUGGGCCCGACGGCAACUUCCAUCACUCCGAGACAGAGACCCAAAGCUACAAACAGUUAUGUGCUACCCAUUCCUGUAGCAGCCGUCACCCCGGUCGCUGCCACGCCCAUCGUCACCCCGGUCGCUGCCACGCCCAUCGGCACCCCGGUCGCUGCCACGCCCAUCGGCACCCCUACAACUGAGCCUUCUGUACCUGUCAGCAAUGGGCAGAAAGCGACCACCCCAGGGAGUGGGCAGCCGGUGGCGCCACAGACAGCCAACAGGGUCCUCCAGCAGCUGCAGCCUGGGGACCUGCGUCUGCAACAACAGGAUCCACUUCACCCUGUCCAUCCACAGCAGCUCCAAUACCUUCAGUACCAGCAGGCCCUUCAGCAGUCGAUCCAGCUCCAACAGCUACUCCAACAGCAGCAGCAGCAGCAGGCCCUGCUCCAACAACCGAUGAUGUUGCAGCCCAUGAAUCAGCAACAACAGACUCACUACGCAGCCAUGAUGCACCAGUACCAACGGGCUUUUGCACAGCAACAGCAUCAACACCCCACCCAGCAGCCCUAUCCUCUGGAGUGUCAGCUUCCUCCGGGCUCCUAUAACCUUGCUGGGCCUGUGCCUGGGACUAUGUCCCCCGUGGAGCCUCCAGCCACUAACACCAGUAGAAGCCCUCUGGUGGACUUCAAGGUGACCACCCCUCCUCCCCAGAGCCUGGUCACCCCCCAGAGCCACCCUCCUGACAUGUCCCGAUGGAACCCCUUCGGAGAGGACAACUUCUCCAAACUGACAGAGGAGGAGCUGCUGGACCGAGAGUUCGACCUCCUCAGAGCAAGUAAACCUCUGGAGAGAACCAGUAGCCAGGAGGCAGACCGACCGCUGCAGCCAAUCACCCCUGAAGACUUGUUUGGCUCCUCCCCCUUCCUGUCUAGUGCAGGUUCUAGUGUGGUGGUGAUAACUGAUCAGCCUAUUGAAGAGCUCAGUAACCCAGUCGGUGCCCCCGUACCUGUUCCUGUGGGCCAGCCAGCCCUUGAGGAAGUGCUGCAACCUCCGGUGGCAAAGGAGCACAAACCAAGUAGGAGGAGAAACUCUCCUAUUGGCGGUUCACAAACGACUCGCAAACCAGGUGGUGACGAAUCAGACAGUGACUUUGAGUCAGAUCCUCCUUCCCCUAAGAGCAGCGAGGAGGAAGACGACCCGGAGGACGACGAAGGUCUGAACAACGAGCACAGAGAGUUCUUCAACGAACUGGAAGAUUUGGAGGAAACGGAGAUGCUGGGACAUAGGCCUCUGCUGAUGGACUCAGAGGCUGAGGAAGAGUACGACAAACACAGCUCCGACUCAGACUAUGAACCCAGGAAGGUUAAGGAAGGACUUACUAGGAAGCUAAAAGGAGGCGUGGCUACUGCCACCCAUGAGGGAAGUCCGAGAUUGGAGUCAGAAGACACACUAAUCACGAUUACGCCUCCCGAGUCACCUGGUGUGGUGGCUGUUAGAGCAUCCCCUUGUGUCGGUGGCAUUGUGGACGUGUUUGGUGAGGAUGUGUUUGGUGCUGUGCCCUUCUUUCCUCCAGCGGCAGCUCCAACAGCAGACAUCUUCUCCGCGGCUCCCUUCAGACAGGUGAGCCAGGAGGCCAUAGUCAACCAGCCCAGCCAGACCGUGGACGAGUUAGACGUCUUCACUAAGGCUCCGUUCAGCCGGAACCUCUCCAAAUCUGGCAAGACUGGAAGCAGCGACUUCUCUAUGGGUCGGACUCCGCCGGUGUCCCCUGAAAGCAUCGACCCGUUCGGCUUCUCUCCCUUCCAGCCCGGCCCCACGGGUCUGCCACCAACCACCUCCAGGAGUGCCGAGGACAUCUUCCGUCCAGCCUUCGAGAAUUCUCUCAGCCCCCAGCAGCAGAGGCUGAAGCAGCGUAGCCUCCAGAAGUUGUCCUCACGUCAGAGGAAGUUCUCUGGUGGCACCAGCGGUGGCAGCAAUGGCAAGCGCCACCACGGCACGCCCACUGGCGGUCGCAAGAACAACAAGCCCAGCUUCCGAACCCCCGAGCGCAUCCGCCGGCACAAGAAGGUCGGCAGGAGGGACUCCCAGAGCUCCAACGAGUUCCUCAGCACCUCAGACUCCAAGGAGAACAUCGGCGUCUGCGGCGUAACGAUAGCAGACACCGACAAAGACAAAGGGGCUUCCCUGCCUAGCCUUCCUCAUGAGGUCGACCCCUUCGGAGCCAAUCCCUUUGGUCCUCAGGAUGGCAGCCGACUUAACCAGUACCAAGGUCUUCUGGGGGACAGCAGGGCAGACAUGGGUUCGGCCAAUGGCAGGCCUCGGACUAGCUCCCUCCAUGAUGCGUUUGGGGAUGGGAACAUCAUGGAUGACUUUGGAGCGGUACCCUUCACAGAACUGGUGGAGCACCCUGGGCCUGAACAACAGCCGUCACAGCCAGUAGAGCUGGAUCCUUUCGGGGCUGCACCGUUCCCCUCCAAACAGUGAAUGUCUUGCUAGUCUUCCCGCCACACACACUCUCGUCUUUCUCAAUCACACACACACUGCUGUGUUACACCAAGCCUAUGGAGUCCCGGGGAGAUAUUCCCUUCCAAGGGAUGUCAACUAGCUUGGUGGUGUGGUAGUUGAUUCUAUUUCCAGCCAAAUUUAACCGCGAUCGGCAACUGCGCUAAUGUUUUUCCAAUGCCCCCCCCCCCAAAAUGAUUUUUUUAAUACAUGAAUACCUGGAUUUUGGGAUUAACAAAACCAACAUAAACCUGUGGCUGAAUUUUAUUUCAGGUUCUGUAUGAAGUUCCUUCGCCUGUACCUGUUAGCUGACAAGCCUUUUAUGCUGCGUCGCAAUACGUGUCUGAGACAUGGAGAUCGAUUUUUGGUUUCACUCAAGAUCAUACUGUGUCAAACAAACAACAAGAUUGCUCAGUUUUCAGAUCACUUGAGUUGCUGCAAAAACAACACUUUUUUUUUUGUAAAGAUUGUGGCCUCCAUGAUCUACCAAUAAGAUUUAAUUUAGCACCAUAAAGCCUUAUAAACAUGACUCCGCCUUGCUGCACAGUACCUCGGAAGCCAUUUCCUUAGCCAAAUGGUUAACAUUGCCUUUUGUGUCAACGGAGUGAUUCGUUUCAGAGCCUUUAUCACUUUGUCAUUUCACCCUUCUUAGACCCUUUCAUUUCUAUGUAUUUUAUAUAUAUAUAUAUAUAUAAUUUUUUCCAUUUAGUCUACUUACAGUAGUAGAUAACAGCUAAUUUAGUUUGUUGGGAUUUUUCAUUGCAAUAUAUUCACUAGAAUGAAAGGGAUUCGGGUUUGUUUAAUUUCUUUUUAAAGAUGACUCUUUUUUUAUUAUUUAGGAUUUUUCAUUUUAGGUUUAAUUCCAGACUUUGAACUUGUCAAUAAGUACUGUUUUAAUGUGAUCUUUUACCUCAAAACAAUAAAAAAUAAAAAUCAUUAUCAUUUUUUGAAUAAGGGGAAAAACACAACCCAUUUUUCCUACAUGGCGAUAUUGAAUAUAAUAUAUCUGACUACUUCCACCUCUUGAGACAGUCUUCUGUCUUUGGUAACAUAAACCAUGCCAAAUCUACUACCAUUUACUUGUAGUCUAAUUAGAAUCAGGUCAUGUGUCCAAAUUGUUUAAAUUAAUGCACUUUCAGCGUCGACUCUUCCAUUGGCUAGUUAUGAAUCUGAGGCUACAGAAAGGACAAACAUGUCGCUGUCUGAUAACCCCGUAACACUAUUAUUAUUAUUAUUAUUAUUAUUAUUAUUAUUAUUAUUUGUUUUCAUUCUAUUGAAAGCAGUAACUCUCAAUCUACUCUGAACAUUUCAUGACUCGGAUCAAGAAGCUAUUCAAAAUGGAAGUUGCAUAAUUGUAUGUUCAUUAAGCAGAAAAAUAUGGAUAAAAAAAAAAAAAUAUAUAUAUAUAUAUAUAUAUAUAUAUAUAUAUAUAUAUUUUUUUUUUUUUUUGUUGAAUUUCCUGAAAAGUUUGUUUAGGAGAUGAGAUGAUUCUCAGACAGUGACGAUAUGUACCAACCUUUGGCACAUUAACUUUGACUGAAAAAAAGCUCGUAGCUGCCUUAUUCGCCUAGCCUAUGGAACCCUGUGGUUUAACAUGUUUAUGUUUCAUUUUUAUUUAAGGUUAAUCUUGUUUUGUGUUUAUCAUGCUAUACUGCUGUCCAAUAAUGCAAUAAACAAGUUUGAUUUAAAUGUG